GCGGCUAGUAGCCGACCUGGAGCACACAGGUACCGCCGCCACCGCUUACGACGACGAAGCAGCCGCAGCCGAUGUUUUCGCAAUCUCAACGUGACGCACGUGCAUUCCGUGUGUAAUAUUCGCAAGCAAGCCCCGUACGGCAGAACGCGCAUCGCCGUAGAAGUUACGAAAUGGUCGAAUUUCCGUUGACGUUACUACUCUGGAUAGUGGCGAUGGCUACGGACCACUUGGAGAGUACGACGACAUCCAAAUCCUUGUCACGUGAUAUGCAUAAUGUGAGACACAUUGGUGCAGUCUUGGGAGAUAAGGCUGAACUGCCAUGUGAUAUUCAAAAUAUCAAGAAUUCAACAGAGUGGCCUAUUUUAAUAAUUUGGUAUAGAGGACAAGAUUAUCCCAUUUACAGUGUGGACCAACGGGAACGCUCGUUGAGCAAACAUUGGUCAGACCAAACAUUGGACGAAAGAAUUUACAACACAGAAAUCAAAGGAUUCAACGUCUUAGUUAUCGAAGACGUGCGUACAUCAGAUGGUGGCCAGUACAGGUGCCGGGAGGACUUUAAGUAUUCUCCUACGCGCAACAAUUUCAUUCUACUCGACAUUAUAAUACCGCCGAGCAGAUUGGAAAUUUUAGACAACGAAAAUAAUGUCGUCUGGAAUUCCACGUUACCACCCGUCAUGGAAAACCGACCGUUGGAAGUUGCAUGUAAAGCAUACGAUGGAAAUCCUUUACCUCGCGUCAUGUGGAAUGUACGAGGAGAAAGCGCAGAAUAUACAUAUAACACAGAUGAGAAUACAGUCACCAGCGUGUUACGAAUUGAUCGAGUCCACCGGGAAAGCCUGGGCAGAAAACUCGUUUGUGAAGCGUCGAAUAUACAAAAUACUAUUCAGUUAACAACGUCGGUCACCAUGAAUGUAUAUCUAAAACCACUUAGUGUGGCAAUCACAGGAGCCGAACACCCAUUUCUUUCCGGCGAGCCUAGCAGUCUCGAUUGCGUUUCGUAUGGUUCAAGACCUGCAGCUAACAUUACAUGGUAUCACCACGGACGGGUCAUCGAGUACGAAACAAAUAGGAUAAAGGUGGUCGAAAAUAAUAAUAUGACCUGGAGCACUUUAAAAUUAACACCAAACGAUGAUGAUAAUCAAAGUGUUGUAAGCUGCAUCGCGAGCAACAUAUAUUUCCCGAAUGAUUCAAAAGAACAGCAAAUAAUACUUGACGUUCAUUAUCCACCAAGGCUACAAAUAAGUUUAGGUAGAAACCUAAACGUUUCUAAUAUUAAAGAAGGUUCUGACGUGUAUUUCGAAUGUAUUAUUAAGGCUUCUCCGGCCAUAAUCAAACUUGAUUGGGAUCAUAACGGAACAAGUGUUGGACAACACGAGAGUCGAAGAACAAUUUUGAGCAAUCAAACGUUAGUUUUACAAUCAAUUACCCGUAAAGGUUCGGGAAGCUAUCAGUGCAUCGCCUCAAAUGCCAGAGGAAAAUCGAUUAGUGAUGCCUAUCAUAUUGACGUUAAAUACGAACCGUCUUGCAAGACCGACCAGCAACACGUGUACGGAGCGCAUAAGGGUGAGAUCGCGUGGGUAAAGUGCGACGUCAACAGCAACCCGACCCCGAUGUCGUUCCGCUGGGCGUUCAACAACUCCGUGUCUGGUCUGAUCAACGUAGCCACUUCGGACCGGACCGCGGACGUGGUCAAGUUCAGGGUGACGGAUUUCGGCACACUCCUAUGCUGGGCCACUAACUCGCUGACCACGCAGGCGCGUCCGUGCGUCUAUCACAUCGUGCCAGCCGGGAGGCCAGAUCCGCCCAGGAACUGCAUGCCGGUGAACGUGACGAGCACCCGGUUCACAGUGCACUGCGAGCCCGGAUAUGGCGGUGGACUUCCGCAGCACUUGGCGUGCAAGGUGCGGACCACGACAGGUGACCGGCCGGACGCGGUAGAAACAAGCUACCGCGGCAGGGUCGGUAACUCGGCCGUCGAGGUCACCGGGCUGCGGCCGUCCACACGGUACGUGGCCCUGGUGUACGCGGCCAACGCGAAGGGCUCCAGUCCGGGCCAAGUGCGCGUGUACGUUGAGACAGCUCCCAACCCCAAGGAUCCACGUGUCGCCGGUGAUUCGACUAGCACCGCUACCAGGUUCUCAGACGCCGCACACAUCGGUAUUUUAUUACUUGGAUGUAGUUUUGUAGCAGUCUGUGUAAUGGUGGUGGUAUACGCCAAACGAUUGGCGGCCAACGUCCGCGGACGAUCAGUAUUCCGAGAACGGCAAACUGUCAGGAUUCAAAAUGGCGAAGAAAUUCGAUUUGCAGGGUCCAAGGGUGUCGACGAACAUCCAGUUGUCACAAAAGAUGAAAGUGGAAUACCAGUUGGAUCGAAAAUACAAAUAAAAAUUCAAGAAUCUCUACAAAAUGGACGAUGUAACGAAAUUGCUUUAGAACCCUCGUAUUCGAUAUUAGCAAUACAAAACAAAAAUACUUCGUGUUCGUUACAGUUGGAAAACCGUGUGAACGACAAAAAUAAUGUCAGAUUCACUUCACGAAUGCGGAAUAGUAAUCAACUAAAGACAUGUGAAUCGUUUGUUGUGUAUCCAAACCACAAAUCGGUUCCAACACAGGAUAUGGUGUAUACCAGCAUAGCUAAACCGUACACGGAAAUAGAAAGCAUUGUAUAGAUUAGCAUAGUUCAUUUUAGUCGACUCGUCCGGGGACUAUCGCCCAGCUGUCGACGAUGGUAGUAGCCAACGAGAACAGUAACGCGUACACGCCCACCGUCGUGG